AUGUUCUCCCGAGCCCUCAGAGCAACAAUAACCCCACCUUGCUUUCGUCCCAUCUCCUCCUCCUCUCAUCCUAUCUUCUUCUCUCGUCCCAUCCUCAAUUGCAAUCAGAACCCAGGCCUCCGUGCUUUUCAUCAAUCCUCCGCAGCCAUGGCUCCCAUCAAGGCUUACUUCGUCGUCCAGUACACCCCCAAGGGCGGUUCAGCUCCCAAGCAGGGUCGUAUCGACUUCGAACUCUUCAGCGAUGACGUCCCUAAGACUGCCAGGAACUUCGCGGAACUGUGCAAAGGCUUCAACUUCGGCACUCCCGAGAAGCCCCAAAUCCUAGGCUACAAGGGCUCGACUUUCCACCGUAUCAUCCCUGGCUUCAUGCUGCAGGGUGGUGAUUUCACCCGGGGUAACGGCACUGGUGGCAAGUCCAUCUACGGUGAGAAGUUCGCUGAUGAGAACUUCAAGCAUCGCCACGAGGGCCCUGGUAUCCUGUCCAUGGCCAACGCCGGCCCCAACACGAAUGGUUCCCAGUUCUUCAUCACCGUUGCCAAGACCAGCUGGCUCGAUGGCAAGCACGUCGUCUUUGGCAAGGUCACCCAGGGUAUGGACGUCGUCCGCGAGAUUGAACAGCUUGGCAGCCAGUCUGGUGCUGUUCCCGACAACAACCGCCCCACCAUCGUCGAUGCUGGUGCCGACAUCUAA